ACAUUGGUAUGGGUAGCUCAAAUUCUUCUCCCACAUUGACUCAAAAAUUAAAGGAGUCGUGGCAAGACAGUGACGAAACAAUUUACCAAACACAUGGUGCGCAUAACAUACCUGGCAUUAUCAUGGCUACUACUCUUGGCAUUGUUAACGAUUAUGGUUACCAUUCCAACCUCGGAGGCAAACAGUAACGUUCCAGCCGUGAUAGUUUUUGGAGAUUCAACGGUGGAUUCGGGAAACAACAACAUGAUAGCGACGGUUCUGAAGAGCAAUUUCAGGCCAUAUGGGCGUGACUUUGAAGGAGGAGAACCAACAGGAAGAUUCAGUAACGGAAGGGUUCCGCCGGAUUUCCUGGCGGAGGCGUUGGGGGUGAAAAGUUCAGUUCCGGCAUACUUGGAUCCUGCUUAUAACAUUGAAGAUUUUGCCACUGGUGUUUGUUUUGCUUCUGCUGGAACCGGAUAUGAUAAUGCUACUUCUCAUGUUCUUAAUGUAAUACCAUUGUGGAAAGAAUUAGAGUUCUACAAGGAGUACCAAGUAAAAUUGAGAGAGCAUCUUGGAGUAGAGAAGGCAAAUCAUAUCAUACAAGAAGCUUUAUAUCUUAUGAGCUUAGGAACCAAUGAUUUUCUUGAGAACUAUUACAUUUUCCCAACUAGAAGAGCUCAAUUCACAGUUACACAAUACCAAGAUUUUCUAUUGGGAAUUGCUGAGAAUUUCAUUAGGGAAUUGUAUGCACUUGGAGCAAGAAAAUUAUCCAUAACUGGCCUUGUUCCUAUGGGGUGUCUCCCAUUGGAGAGGGCUACAAAUAUCUUUGGAGACCAUGCUUGCAAUGAUGAAUAUAACAAUGUGGCUUUGGGGUUCAAUGCCAAGUUGGAGAAUUUGAUCUCAAAGCUUAAUAGGGAACUGCCACAAUUGAAAGCAAUUUCAGCAAAUGCAUAUGACAUAGUUGAUGAUAUCAUUAAAAGGCCUUCCACAUAUGAUGUGCCGCCUCUGAAGGGCGAUUCUGCCUGCAUGAGAGAAGAUGGAGCACGAAGCAUGCCAAUCUGAAGCGACCCAAGGCAGCAAGCAAGCCACACGAAGUAGAAACCUAGCACGUCGAAGGAGGACAACAUGUUACUGUGGGGAACGGCCUGUCCUCGCAACGUCGUCGACGGCAGAAAAUCCUGGGCGGAGGUUCUGGGGUUGCGUUAACUUCGGGGUGAGCUUUAGCCAUGUCCUUUUUUGUUGUUGAGUUUUGUGUUUUGACCAUCAAUGGGUGUGAAUCGGCCGUGUCCUGUUUUGUAUAGGUUGGUGAAGAAUGUGGCUACUUCGUAUGGGCUGAACCAGAGGAGGAUCCGUCACAAGUUUCUAGGUUAAGAAUGAAGGUCAGAAAUUUGAAGGGCAAACUGGAUAUGGUGGAGUUCAGGUUCAUGGUUGCAGUGGGAGUUGCUUUGGUUGGAUGGACAGUUGCACUAAUACUGGUGUUUGAGAAAACAACAGCAACCAAAUUUGGGAGACUGUCACUAGAAUGAUGUUGCUGGUUAUAAUGAGUUAUAGGAGAAAAUUGUUAGAUGGAUAAAUUGUGUUCUGUAUGUUGGCUUAGAAAUAGUAGUGAUGUUGAAGUAGUUGCUAUUUUGUUGAACUGAAUGAUAUUGUAAUGCAAUGAUGUUUUUGUAA